CACUCACGUCAUUGUUUCCAAUCAGUUUUAGAUUCGGUACUAAUCGGUGCGUCUCGCUUGUUUGUUUUGUUUACAUUUUAUUUUCUUUAAAAACUUUUCUAACUUCGCCGUCCUUUGUUUACAUUAGUACACUAAUUAACGACCAACGUAUAAGUGUUGUGUGUGACUGUGAUAUCUUAUGUAAUUACAUUGCAAUAAUAUUUGCAUAAGUUUAGUCAUCGUUCCGUGAUUAUAAAGUUUUGGUUUUCUGUUUUUGUGGUUUUUUUUCGUGAGUUUUGUCAAUAUAAAGGGACUUCCGGAUUAUCACGGUGGAUCAUAGAGAUGAUCCGAUUGGCGGUGCCCGCGAUGCAAUUGGCGGAUACCUCUCCGUAAUGUCACGAGCUUCGCUCUGAUUGGCGGAGCGCGUGAUUAACGCGUUCUUAUUGGUGGAAAAUGUCCGGAUUGCAGGCGAGGACUGAGGAGCCAAUCAAUGGUGUUGACGUGAGGGAGCAAGGCAGCGCUUUGAGAGUGGCGACCAACACUCCUCAUCUAGUGAGCUUGGGCACCGGUCGGCUGAGCACCGCUGUCACCUUGCAUCCCAUCAAGCAAGGUCGUGUCACCAUCGGUUCUGACCCAACAUGUGAUAUCUACGUGGUUGGAACUGGAGUGGCCAGUGUGCACUGCCGGGUCGAGAACUCCCAUGGAGUGGUCACGUUGUACCCCCUCAGUGGCAGCACGUUACUGGAUGGACUACCAGUGGAUAAACCGACCAGACUUUCUCAAGGGAGCAUGCUAACAAUAGGCCGGUCGAACUACCUCCGAUUCAACCAUCCGGCCGAGGCUAAGCUCAUGAAGUCGGUUCUACCAUCAGCUCACGUCUCCAUGGCGCCAGUCCAGUUCCAGCCCAACGACCAAUGUGUUACUCCAGCUUACGUGAACCACCACAAUGAAAGUUACCAAAACACCAACAUACAGAAGAUAUACAAAGAUAACUCACUCACACAUUUAGACCAAGAACUAGACAUGACUCUCAAAGAAAUGUCCAGGAAGAAACCUCCAGUCGCCCCUAAGAAACCUUAUAGAGACUUAGACCUAUCAGACUCAAAUUCAGACCAAGAAUCAAAGCCAAAAUUGACGGGUAUAAUGGCAAAAGUAUCAAAAUUCGAGUACUAUGCGAAACAACAAAAAAUUGGCCGAAGUCAGUUCUACACAGCGAACGAAAAUGAAAUAUCUCCGAAGGUGUUUAGUUCAAAUUCUCUAACAGUUAAUACUCCAGCAAAAGAUGUGCUAGGAGGUAAAACGAUGCCAAAUUACAUGAACAAAAUAAAAAACGUAUCGAUUAAUGAAAACAAUUCUAUCGAUCCAAAAAGCUGUUCGUACGCCAACGUUGCUAUUAGAAACAAAACGAAAAUCGAUGAUAUCGUUAAGAAUUUCAACGAACCAGCAAAAGACUAUAAUAAGUUACCGAAAAAAGUUAACAAUGAUGAGCAAUGCGACAACAUUUACGGAAAAAUUAAUAUAGAUAGAAAAUCCGACGAAAAACUGAAUCAAAAUAGUUUAGAAGCGGGUACUAACAUUAAAGAAUCCGGUAAAAACGCAAUGGAGUCAGGGAAAAAUAAUUUGGAGACGUUCAAUAACUCGAAUGUUAUGGAGAAAAAUGAGAUUUAUGGGAAGAUCGAUAGGAAUAAUGUUGCGAAAGGUAUUUGUCUCCCGUCGCCAGCUUUCGACAGAAACCCUCAAUACUCACCUGUGUACGCCAACACCCUGUAUGAUCGGAGUAUGGAGGCUGAAACUAGGAGGUUACGGGCAUACCAGGACCGCAUAAAGGAGGAGGAGCAGAAAGAGGCAGAGACGGCUCGGUUGGAGGAGAUCCUCAACAUGUGCGCCGAGUAUGAGAGACAGAUCUCUUCAGGCAUUCCAAUAACGCCAACGGAGAAGAGGCCACACAACAAAAUCAUCACAAACGGGUCACUCCCGCGCAGCGUCGCUUUAAACAAUCCCAACUUCGUACAAACCAGCGAUGGGUAUUACAAGUUUGAAACUAGUCAUAACAAAAACUCACCAAUGAGCCAGUCUCUUCCCAUCCAAAGGAACCUCUCCAGCUAUGAGAACUUCGACACUACCUCUCCCACAGAACUCACUCCAGAGGUCGUCAUUCCUCAAAACAAUUAUGAAAAUGUAGGCAGAAUGGAUGAAAUAGGAAUUCCAGUCUUUGAUGAUCCAUCUCCAAGAAUGCACGAUUUGUCUAGUCCGAUUAUGAUAAGGAAACUUCAUAACCAAAGUGGGGAUCGCAUCCCCAACCUCUCCUCCCCCAUAGGCAGCCCUUACGAAAACGUUUACUAUAGAAAUAACGUGUACGGUAAUCUAAAACCGAAGUCCCCUAACACACAAAGCCCUAGGACUAGAAUUAAAACGACGUUUGCCCAUAAAAUAAACCCACCAUCACCACAAUAUUUUAUAUUCCCCACACCGCCUCCAGUGGAUAAUUCGAAAAAACCAAACUUCGAACGUACAGAACAAGAAAAGCAAACUAAUAAUGAAAAUGAUAAACCCAAGUUUGAUGGCAUUGAAAAACAAUUGAGUCUCGAAGAAGAAAUACCAAUGAUAGACGAUGAUUUGACAAAUGACUUAGAGUUUAGAUAUUCCAAAGUAGCAAACGAUGAUAAAAAGGAAGCGACUCCCGAAAAGAGUCCAGACGUAGUUAUAAACAAGAAUCAAAGUUUCGAUGACAUGAAAAAAGAACUAAUGGCAGACAUUCCAGAAUUAGAAGAAUUUGAAAAAGACUUAAAGGAAAAUAAAAGAGAUAAAAUUAUAAAGAACAUCGCAGAAGAUAUAAAGAAGAUCGAUAUAGAAGCUGACUCUUUAGACAGCACAGUAUUAGAUGACAAUGUAGAUGAAUUAAAGACUAAAUAUGAGAAACUGAAAGAAGAUAGAAAAAAGUUGGUGACAGAGAUUCAUGAAAUCAAAUGCAAGAUGUCUGAAAUUAGGUUACAGGAAGAUGACAUUCUAAGAGAGUUGGAAAUGGAGAAAGCCCUGAUCAAAGGAGAGUAUGACUCAGAAAUUGCGAUUCUAAACAUAGAACAGAAAAAGAAAAUGGACCUCGUCGAGAGUGCAAAGAAAAUAGAAGAAGAAAUAAAACAAUUAAAAGAAAAACAAGAGACGAGGCAGAAUGAGAUGAGAGAUAGAGUCGAAAUCGCUACUUUGAAGGUUGAAAGGAUAGAGAAAGACUUGAAGAGCAAUUCAGCCACACUUGAAGAGUUGCAGAAUGCACAAGAUAUCUUAGACAACGAGACCAAGAUAUCAGAGGACCUGGAAUUCCAGCAUCUGGAGGAAGAGUCCGAAUUAUUAUCAAACAGAGAAGACAUCCAAAAUGAAAUCAUUUUACUAACAAAGAAAAUAGAAGCGCAGAAGACUAGAAUACUAACAUUAAAAUCAGAAGCCAAUAACAAUCUAACAUCAGCACUAGACGAAACUAAAAUACUACAUGCAGAGUACGUAAGACUACUAAACUUAGUCGAGGAACUAACAGGUAAAGUACAAGCUGUAGAAAAAGAACUUAAACCCAUCGUAGCUAAACUCAACGAUAUAGAAAGAACUCAGUCUCCUGAUAGCGCAUUCUUCACGGACCAAACUAGAGCCAAGUCAGGAGAAUUCGGCUAUUCCCCACAAAGCUCUGAUAGUGAUGAUAUUGACCUGAAAAUCUCAACCUUCGAAGAUCAUACCAAGAAUCUAAAAGAUAAAUUUAAUUCUAUAGAUCAAAUGUCCCAAUCUAUGACUGUAGAUAUUGAAAGAAGAGUCAUAACUGACCUGGUAGAUCACAAUGAAAGAUACAGCGAAAGUCCAUCCAAAUCUUCAACGUCUUCGAAAGAAAAGAAAGGAUUUUGGGAAAGGAAUUUCGAUUCUCUAAAACGAAAGAGUAAAAAACCAAAAUCACCCGAAAAAGUCGACAUUAUGUCGCAGAGUUUGAACGAAAAUCUGUUCUAUAAUGAUAAUAUAGAAGCUGAUGUUAGUUUAGACAAAUUCAAUAGCUUAAGACAUUCGAAGAAGAAGGACAAAACACCUGGACCAGUAAAAAGUAAUUCAUCAUCAAAGAUACCAACAUUCGCUGCUUUAGGAAAGAUAAUGAAAAAGGAUUCGUUUGGUAAAAGAUCUAGAGAGAAUAGCCUAAAGAACGACGAAUCAGACAAAGAAAACAAUUCUAAAAAUCGUUACAUAAAGAAUACAAAACCAAUCAAUGCAGAUAACAAAUACGUUAAAGCGAAAUCUCUAUCACCCGAUAAAAAAGAGGAAGAUAUUAUGGAAGAAGUUGAUACAGAAGAGCAGAAAACUAAAGUUACAUUCGAGAAUACUCCCCCUAAAGAAAACAGUAUACAAUCAGCUAAAAUUCUUCAUAGAAAAAGCUGUGGAGAUGAACCUAGCGUGAAAGAGUUUCAGAAAAUGGCUGAUGCUAUUAAAAUUCCUUCUCAAGAUGAUAUCGAUAGGAUAUCGAAGGUGACUAUCGAUGCACCGAUACUGCCGUCGGAUACUGAUAUGAAUACGUUAGGGAAGAGAACGCUGGACAGUCUCAUGGAAGUGGAAAGGAAACGACUUGAAAUGUUGGAGGAACAAGGAUGCCAAGUAAUCGAAAACGAACGUGAAAAGAUAUCGGAAUUAAAACGCCGAGUACAAGACGAAACGAAAAAGCUAUGGAACCAGAAAUAUCGCUCGGAACAAAGCAAGUCUUUGGAGGAGCAGUAUCACAGUCUACCCCCAUUGUUGCCGCGUGAGGAUGAAGACAAGAGCUUCGACAGAAGUGCCAUGGAGGACUCCAGUCUUAUUGAUGAUAGCUUCAUGGCGAAUUCCAGCAUUUUUGAAGAGAGUUCCGGCCUUAUGUCAUCAUCCAUAGAGGAGCUCCAAGUAAGAAAUUCGCGCACAGAAUCGACAGAGGAUGACAAACGCAGCGACGACAGUCGGCCGCUGAGCCAUGCCUCCGAUUUUAGCAGGGAUAAUAUCUUAUCUCUGAGCUCAGCUCCACGGCGCAGUCGACGUGGGGUAGCGCCAUACAGUGAGUCCCAGCGACCCCUCACGCGGUACCUGCCUGUCGAUAGAGACGACUUCGAUCUAAGAAGACAUGUCGAGUCUGCUGGUCACCAAAUAGAAGUUUGUCCGUACCUGACGGUGACUCCGACCUCCUGUCGUGGCUACCUUCACAAACUCGGCGCCAAGUUCCACACAUGGUCCAAACGGUGGUUCGUUUUCGACCGCGAAACGAAAACGUUCGUCUACUACUGGGACAAGAGCGAGAAGAAGCCGAGGGGGGGAGCCUACUUCCAGGUCAUAGAAGAAGUAUAUUUAGACCACGGAAACACAUCGAAAUCACCGAAUCCCUUAACUACGUUCAUCGUGAAGACGAGGCAACGUCGCUACUACCUCAUGGCGCCCUCUGGCGAGGCAGCGAGAAUAUGGAUCGACGUUAUAUUCACUGGGGCCCAAGGCUAUACCGAAUAUUUAGAAUGAAAACACUAAAAACAGCACUGAAGGAAGUAUAUUUUAAUUAAGAUCUGAUUUUUCCGUUAAAAAUCAGACUUUUUGAAUAGAGUCAGCAGGCGUUCGAUUUUUACGAUGACAACACCUGUUUUUUUAGUCUGGCAAUGUAGGUAGGAAAUGUCAAAAAUAAAGCAAGCAAGGCUUUUAACAAAGCAGAAGUUGUUUAUGGAGAAAUAUGUAAUACCGUCAAAUAUUUUUGACAUAUUCCGGCAAACGGCAAAAGCAAAUAAGUAAUCUGUUCUUAUCACUGCAUGAGCUGUCAUUUGGUAGGUCAAAUAAUGACAUUAUACAGCAUGUUUAUUUGUUUAAACAGUCAAGAUAAUGCUUUAAAAGAUCAAAGUUGUCUGAAACUCAACUAAUUCAGUUUAUUCCUUUAUGAUGCGUGAAUAUUAUUUUAUUUUAUUUUUUAUGUUUAUCGGAAUUAAAUAUGGCAGUUAUUUCAAUUAAUUGCGAGUGGAAAUGGUUUAUUUACGCUUCAUAUGUAGGGGAUAAACAGAGUUACGUCCGAAGUUGUCAAUCUUGAGAAAAACGCACCGUGAUAGACCAAAACGAAACACCAACUUAUCUUUUUAAUACCUGACAUAGAGGUAGGAUUUUGUAAUACAAAUCACAUUCGCUCAUAUAAUUCCAUUUUUAAUAUAAACUGCCAAAAAUCUUUUAUAGAUUAGUUUGCCAUUGUAAAAAAACAUCUAAUAUUAAUCACCGUCCCUUUCAUUUUAGCUUAAAUGUCACAAAGUAAAUAGUACUUACCGUUAUAGAUAAGAAAGUCUAAAAUCCAUCAGUACCAUAGAUUCUUAAGUACAUUUCAUUUAAUCUUGUCAAUUACUCGUAGAUAGAAAGUUGUGGGUGGUUUUUAAUAUCCGGUUUAUACAACGGUAAACCGGAUAAGCUGAUGAAAGUGGAGUUUUAACCAAUAUAAAUUUAAGAAAACUUUAUGUUCAGUGAAGUUUUCUUUACAUAAUAAUACUUAAAUAUGCGAUUCGAAAACUUUUAUUGGAUACAAAAACUGUAUCUGAAAUAAGGAAAAAUGAAUUGUAUUUUAACCGGUUACGACACGAUGUUGUGUGGCCCAAAAUAUUUUAUUAAUAUACCUAACUAUACAUUUAUUAUGAUGCAGUAUUUUAUCUCUAAAUCUCUAUAAAUAUAUUUUCUUAACAAUAUUUUAUUCAAUGGAAUUUAAUGUCUCGAUUUUAGCAAUAAAAUAAAACUAUCAGUAUCCGGUUUUGGUGCAAAAUGACGCCAUUUUAUCCGAUUGUUUUUGUACGAAAACCGGAUAUAACUGGUUUGUAAACGGAUAAUAAAUAAAAGUGCCAAUUUUUAUGAUCGUCCUAAUUAAUAUUAUGGCAGCUAUUUUUAUACAAUAAUUAUACAAAAUCGGGUGAAAUCGGUGCCUUGUAUAAGACUGAAAAACACUGAAAAUUAUGAAAAACCUGUAAUGUCAUAUGUCUUUAGUAUUAAAAGAUUGCUUGCAUGAAAAAUAAUAUAUAGAAUAAAACUACAAAUGAGUGUGAUUUUGAAUUUUUCAUUUUAUUCCAAAUUAUUUAUUAAUAUUGCUAUUUAAGUAUUCGUUUUAAUAAUGAAAAUAAGUGAUUUUGUAUGUAUUUAGUAUUGUGUGCAAUUAUAUGGCAACACAGGAUUUAACAAAAAAAACUGAGAUUUUUUAUGAGAAUGUUAGAUUUUUUCU